CCAAGCGGAAAUAGCGGAGUUUGUUUGGUUACUAUGAUGCUUCAUCUGCUUGUCAAAGGUAGCGAGAACGGGAUAGAAAGACCCUCUCCGCACAGAAGCGUCUGUUUUGUAUGUUUCCAGGGUUGUUCUGACGGAUGCAGGGUGUGACAUUAUGGCGGGGGUUGAUGAUGAGGAAUGCGCGCUUGCAUUGAUCUUAUACUACUGCCAGGAAAAGUACUCCAGUCAUGUUGUAGAUGUUUCCAGUGAAGCUCAACGGAAGUUCAGUCAUGAUUCAGUCUUCGCAUUCCUCCACGCUUAUGGGCUGCUCAUGCAAGAGCAAGUGUUGGAUGCCAUUCAGGAGCUGGAGCAGCUGAAGGAGAGAGGAGACGUUUCCCUCGGUGUGCUCAUGGCUCUAGUUUAUGCCCACAAGAAAAGACCAAACCCUGACCGUGAUGUGAUCCAGGAGCUGGAUGGAAGGGUGAAGGAGGAGAGGAAGACGGCGAGUCCCAAAGCUCUGUAUUACGCUGGCAUGCUGCUGUGGCUGCUGGGUCGCAAUGACAAAGCCAGAGAGUAUGUGGACAGAAUGAUCAAGAUCUCCAGUGGCUCUAAAGAGGGAAUUGUACUGAAAGGCUGGAUUGAUCUACGAUCUAACAAAGAUGCCUAUGCAAAGAAGUCUGGGAAAUACUUUGACGAGGCCCUGAAGGAGAAAAGCCUUUUUCUGAACUUCAGGCUUCUCCAGCGAGAUAAAAAUAACCUGGAGGCUCUGAGGAUGCUGGCGCUGCACUCUCUCUGCAGGGAAGGAGAUGUUGGAGAGUGUGUAAAUCAACUAUCAAAUCUGAUCAGUAAUCUGGACAUUCAAGAACCGAACAAUCCAGAGCUCUUCUACAGGAUGUCUUUAGCGUUCACUCGAGUGUGUGGAAGAGCUGAGAAGGUCCUUCAGCACACUCACAGGAUGGUGGAGCGGGCAUUUGCACAGGCCUCGAGCGACUCUGAACUGGCCACAGAGAUGGGCUACCAGCUGGUCCUUCUGGGAAGGGUGAAGGAGGCCAUGAAAUGGUACAAGACAGCAAUGACUCUCGAUGAGGGCAGCGUCUCCGCUUUGAUAGGUAUCAUCAGGUGUCAGCUCAUGGAGGGACACAUAGAGGAUGCAGAACAGCAGCUGGAAUUCCUAGCAGAGAUCCAGCAGUCCAUUGGCAAAUCAGGGGAGCUGUUGUAUCUACGGGCGCUGUUGGCUGUGAAAAAGCGUCGGCCCCCAGACGAGGCGACCAAUCUGUUAAACGACACUGUGGACACACACUUUUCCGUCCUGCAGGGUUUGCCUCUCAGCGUUGAGUACUUUGAGAAGCUCGACCCUGACUUCCUGCUGGAGAUCGCCAAGGAAUACCUGGCGCUGUCUCCUGCCAAGGCUCCAGCUCCAGGUCAGCCUCCUGCACCUCAGCUGCAGCACUGUGCAUCUGUGCUGGACACGGUGGUCAAAGUAGUGCCUGGACUGCUGCAGGCUGUCUUUCUAAUGGCCAAAGUCAGAUUUCAGUCAGGAGAUAUCGAGGCGGCCCAGAGCAGCCUGCAGCACUGUUUGGAUCAGAACCCAGCCCAUGCUGACGCCCAUCUCCUCAUGGCUCAGAUCCAUCUCGUGCAGGGCAACUUCAAGCUCUCUUCCCAAUCUUUGGAACUCUGCCUCAGCCACAACUUUGAGAUCCGCGAGCAUCCUCUGUAUCACCUGAUAAAAGCUCAGGCUCAAAGGAAGAUGGGGCAGCUUCAGGAGGCCAUUCAGACGCUGCAGAUGGCCAUGAGUCUGUGUGCCGUGAAGAGAGUGGGCUCCUCAACCAAAAGACAGAGUAAGAGAGUUGAGCUCAGCUCGGCCGACUGCGUAUCUGUGUUCCUGGAACUAGCUGAGGCUCUGUGGCUCAAUGGAGAACAGCACGAGGCAGCUAAAAUGAUGCAGGAUGCCAUAAAUGAGUUCACUGGCACUCCAGAAGAGCUUCGAGUUACUAUUGCCAAUGCAGACCUGGCGCUAAUGCGAGGAGAUACGGAGCUGGCACUGAGCAUGCUCAGAAACAUCACGCCAGAGCAGCCCUACUAUAUACAGGCCAAAGAAAAAAUGGCAGACAUCUACCUGAACCACAGGAAAGAGAAACGCCUUUACGUGAGCUGCUAUAGGGAUUUGGUGGACAAAUUGCCGAGCCCUCAUACCUUCCUGUUACUCGGCGAUGCCUACAUGACCAUUCAGGAGCCGGAGCUGGCCAUUGAGGUGUAUGAACAAGCCCUGAAGAAAAACCCCAAAGAUGGAGCUGUGGCCAGUAAGAUUGGAAAAGCACUUGUCAAGACCCACAACUAUGUGAAGGCAAUUAACUAUUACGAGGCGGCGCUGAAGAGCGGGCAGCAGAAUUUUCUGCGUUAUGACUUGGCUGACCUGCUCAUGAAGCUCAGACAGUACGAACGCUGUGAAAAAGUCCUGCAAGAGGCUCUCACACAUGAUCCUGUGAAUGAACUGCCGCUUCUUACUGAGGAUUGUCGCUAUCUUGUGCUUCUCGCCAAAGUCCAGAGCAAAGUCAAUAAAAAUGAUGAAGCGCUACUGUCCUUACAGAGAGUGAGUUGAGUGUCUUUCUCUCUGAAACGAAUGCAUUUAAAUAAAAAAUGCAUGCAAUUAAAAUUGUGAAACUUUUUGACAGAAUAUAAUGAUUCUUUUCAAAAGCAGCAGACGUUUCAGGGUCCCCUGUGAACAGCUGUGCAAGUAAAUGUGUGUGUCUGUGUGUUUGAGCAGGUGAUGUUGGAACUGGCUCAGCUGUAUCUUACUCUGGAUGAUGUCGAGGCCUGUCAGCAGCAGUGCAGUGCCAUUCUGAAGAACGAUCCGGUCAACGAGUCGGCUACACUGAUGAUGGCAGAUCUUAUGUUCAGGAAGCAGGACUAUGAACAGGCUGUAUUUCACUUCCAGCAGCUCUUGGAAAGGAAACCAGACAACUACCCGACGCUGUCCCGCCUCAUUGAUCUGCUGCGCAGAGCCGGCAAACUGGAGGAGGUUCCAAGAUUCCUCGAGAUGGCAGAGAAACACUCGUCGAGGGCCAAGUUUGAGCCUGGAUACAACUACUGCAAAGGGCUCUACCUGUGGUACACUGGUGAACCUAACGAUGGGUUACGUCACUUUAACAAAGCCAGGAAGGACAACGACUGGGGCCAGAACGCAGUGUACAACAUGAUUGAGAUUUGUCUCAACCCUGACAAUGAGACCAUAGGAGGAGAGGUGUUUGAGAACCUGGAUGGAGACGUGGGAAACUCUACAGAGAAGCAGGAGUCGGAGCAGCUGGCCGUGAGAACAGCGGAGAAGCUCUUAAAGGAGCUGAAGCCACAAACCCCAGCGGGACACGUACAGCUGCGCAUCCUGGAGAACUACUGCUAUCUGGCCACCAAACAGAAAGCCAAUGUGGAAAGAGCUCUCAACGUGUUCAUUGAGAUCGCAAACAGUGAGAAGGAUCAUGUCCCUGCGCUGCUGGCCAUGGCCACUGCCUACAUGAUCCUGAAGCAAACCCCUCGAGCCCGAAACCAGCUCAAACGCAUCGCCAAGAUGAACUGGAACAUCAUAGAUGCGGACGAGUUUGAAAAGAGCUGGCUGCUUCUGGCCGACAUCUACAUCCAGUCGGGAAAAUACGACAUGGCAGGAGAGCUGCUGAAGAGAUGCCUACGACACAACAAGUCCUGCUGCAAGGCGUACGAGUACAUGGGCUACAUUAUGGAGAAGGAGCAGUCGUUCAGAGAUGCUGCCAUGAAUUAUGAAAUGGCCUGGAAGUACAGCAAUCAAACCAACCCCACUAUCGGCUACAAGCUCGCGUUCAAUUACCUGAAGGCCAAGAGACACGUGGAUGCUAUAGAUGUCUGCCAUAAAGUUUUGGAUGCACACCCCAACUAUCCACGCAUCAGGAAGGACAUCUUGGACAAAGCAAGAGCAGCUUUAAGAUCAUGACAGAAGGACUGGUGUGUUGUGUGCUGUUGCUCAAUUGUGAUCUCGUCUGUAAUUUCAUAUAAAUUGCGUUUGUAAGUGUCAGUAUAUGAAAUAUUUUGAUAUGACUACAUGCAGUAUUCAUUCAACAUUAAAAACAAGCAUUAAUAAUGGUGCAAUAUUUUUCCUUAUGUACACAGAUAUAAAUAAACAUUUGAAAAAAACACUAAUGUCAGGCUACAGAUUCCACAUUAUAAAACGGA